GACUCCGCCAUUUCUGUCAUUUCUGUUUUAUGGUGUAAUAACUGAGAAGAGAAAGCAUUGUUUUUCCUUAAAUGCUACUCGACAAACCAAAGGCAGACAAGUGUCAACAUUAAAAAGUGAUACACAGUUUAAAGUGUUCUAAUUUCUCCCUUGAUAGUAACUUAUAAACGCAGAUAAACACAAAAUUUUUCAUUUUUGUGUCUUAACCUGAUACAUCUGCGUCCUUAAAAGCGUUAUGUACUGAUAAUUUUCUAGUUUUACGGUGUUUCUAUCAUCGAAAAGAAAGAUGCCGAAGAAAUCGAAUAAAUCCUCUUGGGGUGGAAAACAACAUUUUCGAUCUGGAAACCCUGAUGAUAAGCAUUAUUUUGGUCAUGAUGAUCGUGUUGGUGGUCGUCCAGAAGGGAACAAUGUGUUUGGCGGAAAUAGGCCUAGAGUAUCAUUUAAAACACAAUUUAAAGCAUCAAAAGAGAAACAGAGACACUUGGAUUUUGAAGAUAUUGCCAUGACUGUUGGAGGCAAUAAUAAUGGUAGACAAGUAGUAGUUAGAGGCAGAGGCAGAAACAAUUACAACACAUCUGCAUCUCGGGUACGUGGAAGAAAUAGUCCUUUGCCACCACGAAUGUCUAACAAAUAUGUUGUAAGACCAGCUCAAUUAAACUUAGGUGAAGUCAGUUGGUAUAAAGUUAUCAUACUGUAUGGCUUUAAAUACACUAAGGAUUUCGUAUUAAGUACACUAAUGUCUUAUCUAGCACCUGAUACAUUCGUACCCAUCAUGUAUAAAAGAACAGAAAAGGAAGCGUAUUUCUUCGUUGAUAACGCAAGUACAGCAACAAAAUUACAAAGACUUGAUAAUCAAAUUUCGACAAAUGAUGGAUUUAAAUUGAAAAUUCGUGUGAGACCAGGAAGUCCGGUAUUUGAAAUUAAUGACGCUUUUAAAGAGAGAUUGAAGCAAGCAAUGAAUAAGAGAUAUUCACAAGAAACAAAUGCGUUGGAUCUUUCAAGAUUUCAUCUUGAUCCAGAGCUUGCGGACGAUUAUUUUUGUGCUUUAAACAAGUCCCCAGUUCUACAGACAGUGUUGGAUAUUGUUGCAACUCACAUUCCAAAUUUGGAAGCCUUAAAUUUAGACGGAAAUAAAUUACAUUCGAUAGAGAGACUUAAUAUGCUUAAAACAAAAUUGGAAAAACUCAAGAUUUUAUAUGUUGGAGAUAACAAAAUUCGAGAAAUAGGUCAAUUAGACGUGAUCAGGGAUUUGAAACUGGAAGAAUUGAGACUGGCAGGAAAUCCCGUGUGCAAUAAGUAUAGAUCUCGAAACAGUGAAUAUGUAAGUGCUGUGCGGAAAAAGUUUCCAAAACUUCUUCGACUGGACGGUGUAGAAUUGCCAAGACCGAUUUUAUUCGAUGUGGUUGACGAGGGUGUUAAAUUGCCACCAUCGCGGACAAUUUUCAUUGCCGAUCCCAAGGCGCAAGAAAUUGCAAAUCAAUUUUUGCAACAAUAUUUUGUCAUAUUUGACAGUGAUAAUCGACAGCCAUUAUUGGACGCUUAUCACGAACACGCUUGUUUUAGUAUGACUGUAUCUUCUGCACUCAGUACCAACAAAUCGAAUGCCUAUUUCAGUGAGAAUCGAAAUUUAUUCCGAAUAAACGAUCCCAAUAGACGUCGAAAAUUGAUUAAAGUGGGAAAAUUACCGGUUGUCUCGUUUAUAACGACAAUUCCGCGCACAAAACAUGAUUUAAAUUCAUUUACAAUGGAUCUCAGCUUCGUGAUUGAAGGAAUGAUGCUCAUUACGGUCACUGGCCUAUUCAAGGAACUCGAUACAAAGGACACUGCACUUCGUUUUUUCAACAGAACAUUUGUGAUUGUUCCCGAAGGCAGUGGCUAUUGUAUUCGUAAUGAGCAAUUAUUCAUUGCAAAUCCAAGUGAACAACAAGAGAAACGGGCAUUCACCACUCGCCCCGUUGAAAUUGCUCCUCCUUCAGUACCAUCGUCAAGUUCAUCAUACAGUGCUCCAAAUGUGCCAAACAUCACCGGUGAACCAAUGGACGAAAUUAAACAAAAUAUGACACUAAGUUUGAGUCAACAGACAAACAUGAAUGUUGAAUGGAGUUUAAAGUGUUUAGCGGAAGUGCAGUGGAAUUUCGAUAAUGCUCUUGCCGCUUUCCACGAAUUUUACAAUAGAGGACAAAUACCACCAGAAGCAUUUAAAAAAUGAGCUGACUACAAUAAUUAAAAAAUGCAAUGCAUUGUAAAAAAAAAGUGAAUUUUUUUCAAUUCUACUGAAAAACUAUGUCUAGUUUUUUUCAGCCAUGUUAUUAAAUCAAUUUUGUUUUGUAAAAAGAGCAUUGCUUUGCUCUUUCAAAUUAAGUACAGCUUUUUUUUUCUUUUCUUUUUUUUUAUUUCUUUACGACGUAAAAUAGUUGAUAAUACUUUCCAGCGCAAAUGGAAAGAAAUUGCUUUGUGAAUAUUGUGCGCAAAAAAAAUAGUUUUUGAUGAUUUGUAUAUAAAAAAAAUAUGUACAUGUAAAAGUAGAAUAUAUAGACUACAGAGACAUAAGUUCAAAUUAAAUCUUUUCAUAAAACAUAUAGAAACUUAAAGAUUGUGACGUCGCUCGUUUUGCAUGUAAAUUAAUUUACAUUUUUCAAAAAUUGUGAAAUAAAAAAAUGUAAUAAUCAUUACAUUUUAGUAACUUUAGCGUUUAAUUAUAAAAUUCAAUUAAAAACGAGAUAUAAUUUUAAUUUCAUGAAAAGAAGAAAGAAAACUUUUUAAUUAUAUGUAAAGGACUAAUAUCUUAAUUUAAUUUUAACAUAUGAAAUGCUUUUAAAAUUGUCCAACUGUUCUUCAAUUUGAAAACAUUCAACAUAAAGAAUUCGAGUAAUUAUCAUAGAACAUUACAAAAAAAUGUUAGUAAAACGAUUUGUGUAAAAAAUUCAAAUUGAAUGUUUUCAAGUGAAAUGAAUAUGACGAUUAAAAUUUUAAAUUAAACAUUACUACCUUUGUUAGCUGACACUUUCAAAUUCGAAUAUCUUCGAAGGAAAACAGUUUAUUUAAUAUUGUGUCUGAAUUUGUUGACACAAAAUAUUGUAAAUCUUGAUUGAAAUAAUUUUUCUCUUAAAAUUGUCGACAUUGAAAGUGAAGCUUGAACUCUUUUUUUUUACAUUAUUUUUAAAAGUAAUAGAAAAUUUUUGUUUUUAAGUGCAAUCUAAGCGAUCAAUAGAAAGAAACUUUAAUUACUUAAUAUAAUAAAAGGUCAAUUUUCAAUUGCAAUACAUUUUCAUGCAUCGGAUAAGAAAAAAAAAAUUUGUAUUUCAUAUUUAUCAUAUCAUCGAAUAAUAAUAUUCGUUUCGCACAAGAUUUAUGUCUUAAUAGUUAUAAUGUAGUAGCUAAAAAAGAUGUUCGAAACUGAUUUUUAUUGUUACUCUGAAAAGUUUUUGAAUGUCGUCUAAAAAAUAGAAUAUAUUGAAAAAUUUGUUCAAAUAUUCUGUAAUUCAAAAAAUGAGACUUCUUAUAAUUUGUUAUCAAUUUAAUAUUUAUGGAAUUUGUUCAUUAUAUUCCAAAUUUCAUCGCAGCACAUGAUUUUAAAUUAUUUUAAACUGUCAGUGAAAAUUUAUUUUUAUUUCGUAAAAUAUUGUUUUUGUAGUGUAUUUGAAAAAAAAAAUAGUGAAGACCAAAAAAUUGGGAUGGGAAAAAAUUGAAAUGAAAAAAGAUUCCAAAGAGAUGUGAAAUUGAAUUCGUUCAUUUUUUGUCUCAAAUCCCAAAGUUGUUGGUGAAUUUUGUGUCUUGUUUUUUGCAAGACUGUGACUCACACGAGUGCACAAUUGAAAUUUUGUCCCGUUGAUAUCUAUCUUCGGGACAUUUACUAAAAGAAAAGAACACUUAAGGGUUAAUCCCUUUUAAUGUGAACUUCUUGAUGUUUCGUGAGUUUGCUCUUUCUGCAGAGUGGAACUUACAUCAUUUUAUGAUGAUCACCUAUACAACAAAAGGAUGUAGAACAUAAACAAAUGAAACGAA